AUAGGAUACAACCAUCACUAGAGAUGCUGACUGAAUUUUUAAUUACAACUUUAUCCUUCGCCUUUUUAUAAUUCACCAUCGUUGCAGAAUCCACACUACCUUCUUAAUUCAUAAGAAAGUUUUGCACACUGGUAGAUUACAUAUUUACAUUGAAUGGACCAUCCAGAUUUCAAAUUGCUUUUUUUGAAAAAUGAAAAUAUUCCUGUAUAUAAACUUUUUUUUAUUCAAAAGUAUUUUAACCCCAUUCGCCAAGUCGUAUAAUUUGAAAAUCGAUAGGAUAAAGUGUGCCUCGUUAAUUUUACAAAAUAGUUUAGAAGGAGAAGAAUCAUCCCUUCUUGAUAUUUAUGAAGGGAAAGAGUGUAACCCAACUUUGUACGACGAAUUCGAAGCAAAGAUAAAGCACACAAGGGUCAAAAUCUGGAAUAAAUCUUGUAAUUCUACCGUCUGUGGGUGGGAUGGCUCUUUCGGUAUGAAAUGUACCCAGUUGAUUAACGGAGAAAAUAAUUUAUCCAAGGAACAGAAAAACUACUUAAUUGGCGAAACAAAUUGUGAAUGUGAGUCACUUGGAGGCUCUCUGUGUGAAACGAAAUCCCCAGGAUGUGACAACAGACCAAUUAACAAUCCACGAGUAUGUGGAACCUUAUAUUUUGAGGACGGCUGCAGGGACUGUAAUUCUGCACGAGUCUCAAUUACAUUUGGAAAGUCACAACAAUUAACGCCCGAAUUUUCGAGGAAAUUAAAAUCCAUCAGGGUUAGAAAGGGAUGCACACUUGUCGCAAUAUACAGAUCAGAGGGUCAUAAAAGUUCUGGGAGAACGUUUUUUAAAAAAUCCGUAUCUAGCAUUAAGGUCAACCCAGUUUUGACUGUGUAUUACUGCUUUUGUGACUGCAAACUAAUUUCGGAUCCAUUAUACGAUGACGGCCCCACAAAUUUUUCUUGCCCAGCAAUUGUGGAAACCACUACAGAUGUGAGUAAUACGGAUGCGCCAGGUGAAACAACUACAGAGGAACCAACAAUCUUGAUUGAAGAAUUUAACAAUUGGUUGAUUUUGGUCCCAAUUUUGAUCAUCAGUUUGGUAAUCCUUAUAGUAUUUAUUCGCACACUGAUCAACACAAGAAGAAAACCACAACAAUUUGAACUUGAAGUUGAUCUAAACGAACUCCGAACGAAACUAAAACGAUGUUUCACUCCCUGGUGCACAUUUCGCUCUUUGAUUGGCCUUGGAGAAAUUGCGCGCGGCUCAUUUGGCGUUGUCAUAAAAGCGAUUGAUGUCAACGAAGCGUGUAACAAAAUAGGUUACGCUAUAAAGUGUGUAGACAUUCUUAAAACAAUAAAUUACAAAACCCUUCCGGACAGUUAUGCACGUAUAAAUAAACUUCUUAACGAGAUUGACGUACUGAGCGAAUUACAUUCGGAACACGUUGUCAAAUUUCAUAACUGCUGGGUGGAAACAGAUCGCGGUAGUCUGGUCGACAGACAUAACUUGGAAGCCUAUAUUUCACAAUUGGUUUCUAAUGCAACAAACUCCGCCAAUAGCACUGAAUCUUUCUCGCGGAGUCAUAUGUUCCUGAAAAUGGAAUAUUGUGAUAUAAGUCUUGAAGAAUAUAUUAGCAAAUUGAUUAGAAUAAUUCGUGCUGGUGUCAAUUGUUAUACAAAUAUAGACAAAAUUGUUUGGGACAUUAUACGACAACUGUGCACAGGGCUGGAGUAUAUUCAUUCAAAAGGGGUAAAUCAUAGAGAUUUGAAGCCUGCGAAUAUUUUAGGGCAGUUUAAAUUUUCGAAGAAUUCGAUUGUAUGGAAAAUUGCGGAUUUUGGAUUAGCCCUACUAGCCAUGGAUGGAGAAGGGUAUCACGGUAGUCAAGCAGGGACAAAGAUCUAUCGUAGUCCAGAGCGGAUGCGAGGAUCGGCAUAUAACACUAAAUCGGAUGUCUAUAGUUUUGGGUUGUGUUGUUUAGAAUUAGCACAAUUGAACGGGAACACGUUUAUGAGGUCCAAAGUGUUUAGUGAUUUGAUAAAAUUUGAUGAACCUGGCAGAAGAAAAUUGAUAGACGGUAUUAUGUGCAGAAGUAGUGUAGAGCUUCAAAAGGUAGUGAGGAAAAUGCUUGAAAAAGAAACGACCAAGAGAUGGAGUGCUGCCCGAGUUUUGUCUUAUAUGCGGUCAGUUGAUAAAUCACGAGAAAUAGUUGUGGGAAAGUGACCAUUGUAAAGUGCAUUUAAAUUUAUGUAUAGCUGAAUGCUAAUGAGCAUCCACACAUUACAUAGCGAUAUUAAAUAUUUAAUUAUCUUUAUGCGGGGAAAUUGAGGUCAUGAGUACUCAAUCUAUGUAUGUACUAGUAAGCCCUACUGAAAUAAGCUAAACUAUGACUCAUUGUUACGACUAAGCCAAGAAAUCCUUUGACCGUAUUCUACAACCUAAAUGACUACACCUAUCAAAAUUUUGGAAGAGAGCAAUUGUGCAGGCAACUACAAUAGCUCCUGUCAUUUUAGGUAAAACGUAUAAACAAUACAUAUAUUUACAUUUAGCGGUUUGAGAAUCGAUUCUAAACCUUCAAAUUGACUGUUGACCUAUGUACCUCCGGUCGACUAUGUGCAUGUAUUGGAUCGAGCUUAUUUUAUGAUACACAAUGUAGUUGUGCGCCCAAUCUUUCAAGAAUUUUGAACAUCGGAGUUAAAUUGACGACAUAAUGCCAAUUUAAAUAUGACUGUUUUGCUAUGCUUGGUACCAUUAGUCAAGCUCUACAACUGGAGCGGUGAUACAAACCUUCUACAUACAGUAAAAAUGUAUUUAAUAUUGUAACUGUGCCAAUCCUCACCAAGAUCUCCCGUUUUUAUGACCUUCUUAAAUACUACCUUAGAGCUGUAAGAAGGGUUGAAAAGAACUUAAACUGAAAAUUGCUUAUUCAAAUUACAAGACUUUUAUCACAAAUGCAUUCAAAAUAACUAUAGUACACAAUUACCAUUGUUAUUAUUUACAAAGACUUUUUAAUGCGUUAAAUACCUGUUAGAAUCCUUCCUGCUAAGUUGCUCACUUUUAACUUUAUACCAUAAAUUGUAAUAAAUAUACAUAUACCUUUGCGAUGUUAAACCGUAGCCGUCACGUACUUAAUUUACUCCAAUUAUUAUAAUUAAAGUAUGAUAAUUUAUCCCGAUGUGCUCGUCUUAUUCAUUGCUAAAAAAUUUUAUUUAUAAUCCAAGAGACACACAUAAUGAUAUAAGACAUAUAUGUAAGAAUGGUUUCUAAGCAACAUGUAUGUACGUAGUAUUCGCAGACAUUUAUGCAAACUUGAUAUCCGCAAAUUAUACAAGUAAGUACAAGUUUUCAUAUCAUAAAUAAAUAGGCAACCAAAAAUAUAAACAAAUACAUAAUGAACAACAAUCCAAAUAUUUUGACAGGCAAUGAAAUGAAUUAAAACGAGUAAGUAUCAGUAGCUUCAUAUUAGUACAUAUGUAGUUCACAUGUGUGCAUUGUGAUGGGAUAAGCUGUAUUUACCAACUUUUAAUUCACAAAUAUAUGUAAGUAUCAAUUACUCCUUAA